GUUGUUAGGCAUUUCCUGUUUUGAUUUCUUCCAAAACGGGACAUAGGUGAAGUUUUGUUGUACAAUUAGUCACUCAAGCUUCUGUAGAACCCCAAAAACUUGGUAAUGGCAGGAAAGGCUAAGAAGUAUGUGGAUGAGAACAGGGAAUCUAAAAAUCCUGAACUGGAGCUCGUGGACAAGUCCAUUGUAAACCUGUUGGAAGUGCCAGGGCUGUUUGACUUGCAGCACAUAACCAGACUUACACUGACGCAUAAUAAAAUAGCAGCGAUUCCUGUGAACAUCACUGAGCUUGUUAACCUGGAGCACCUGAAUCUCUUCAAUAAUCAUGUUAAGGAAAUCCCAAGUACAAUUAAUUCCUUGAUGAAGUUAAAGAUAUUAAAUCUGGGAAUGAAUAAAUUGAACUCCUUGCCCCGUGGUUUUGGCGCCUUUCCUGUGUUGGAAGUUUUGGAACUGACCUACAACAAUUUAAAUGAGAAGUCUCUCCCUGGAAAUUUCUUCUGUUUGGAUACAUUGAGGGCUCUGUACCUUGGGGAUAAUGAUUUUGAAAUUAUUCCUCCUGAGAUUGGCAGGCUAAAGAAUCUUCAAAUUUUGGUGAUGAGAGACAAUGAUCUGAUAGCCAUCCCUAAAGAGGUAGGAGAACUGCCUCGCCUCAAGGAGCUGCACCUUCAGGGGAACAGGCUUACCGUACUGCCUCCAGAGUUAGGUAACCUUGAUCUUGUGGGGUCGAAGCAGGUGUUCCGUGGCGAGAACAACCCCUGGGUGACCCCGAUAGCUGACCAGUACCAAGUGGGCGUUUCCCAUGUGUUUGACUACAUCAGAUCUGACACCUAUAGAUUUUUGUAUGGCCGCCAUAUUGCUGCGGAAUCUGCGCCUCCUCCAAAGACAAAUGACAAGUCUAAGAAGAUCAGCCGAGGGUGAGGGUUGGAUACCCUGGGGAAGAAGAAUACUCAACUUACAGAUUACUCAAAACAGCAGAGAGUCAACUAAGCCAUCAGGGUUUACACUAAAACAAACAGGAAACCUUAACAAUUUUAUUUGGAACACAGAUUUGUAAACUACUUCUCUGUUGUGGAAACAAUAUAUUGCUUGAAGUCUUUUGGAAACUGUUCAAGAUUUUUUUUUAAUUGUUUAUAAAAGAAUUGAAUCUCUUUAUUGUCAAGUUUAUGGAAUGAGAAUUGAGUGUUCUGGAGACAAAUUACUGUUGAAAUUAUAUCUUGACCAUCUUAAUUCAUCAACCUAUGAACUUGACCAUGAAAAGAUUCAACACUUUUAUUUCAGUUUAACAUACUAACAUAAUGUAAUGAAAAUCAGUAAAAGAUAUCUGUCAAGGUCAGUUCUAAUCAGGGAUACCUUUUCCUUUAUUGUCCUGUUCAUGUUGCCAAUUAAACAGGUUACAUUGAAUAGUUUCAUUGGGUUCAACUUGAGUAGAAAGUGAAGUAUGUGUCGGCGAAAGUAUUUUUAUAUGAACAAUGUCACCUGUUUUUGUCAUAUAUUCAGUUUUAACCAAAGACGUUUGUAUUUUUAAAGAUCCUCCAAGUAAAUAAUUGUUUGGCAAUCUUGACGAUAAGGUAGCUGAUGGUUUUAGAUAAAUGGUGCUAUUUUUUGUCAUGUCUUUUUAUAGGUAGCCAGUACAAAUACCUAAAGCAUUUACAUCUCAUGGGGUCACAUACAUUUCUCCAUUUAUCGUUUGCUUAAUUUCUUUUCUCAAUGUCAAUAAAAUAAUCUGUACAUUUGUUUUAAGAAUAAUGUACAAGUUUUAUGAAAUCUGUUUUCUUGACUUGCUGCUUUGAUUAGGUUGUAUGGUAUUUAUAUGUAUUACCUGGUAGUAACAAAUUGAACCCCUAUUAUUUGGAGACAUCUGUCUGUUUGAUGUGAUAUAAGCUGAUUAACUCAUUAGACUCCUGAUGCCGGGCAAUAUAUCAUACUACCAGUAACGGUGACUGUGGUGUUUGUAUUUUGGAGUAAAACAUGAUGUUAACAUAGCUAUAGGAUUGGCGGAGGUUAGCAGUACAACCUUGUAGUAUAUUGUAAGGAUACCUGUACAAAUAUAACCGUUGGCAAUGACUGAGGGUGGACAUCUUGGGUUAAAUGAGGGGGGCACUGUGAACAGUUUUAGAGACAGGUGUGAUUUGUGAUUACUAAAUUAUAUAAACGGCUAAUCCUAAACUUCUUUCAAGCAGAGGACUUUUUCCCUCUCAUCUGCUAUAUAACUAAAUAUUCAAUGUAUAUUGAUGUAUACCAUGCUUGCUUAUACAUUGUAAUUUCAUGUUUGCAUGUUCAUUUUUGUUUGUUUUUUAAAUGUCCAAAUAAGUAUGUUAUUUGUGUAUGAAUAUUUAAAUGCAUAUUAUUGUUUUAUAUAUCAAAUGUAUAAAAGAUUACGUUUUACAUAAUUGUGUCAAAUUCAUAACUACGCUUCUUAGUCUUAGUGAGGAAUAACAUCUUUUUUGUUCAGAUUAAUAUUUCUCAGGAAUAAGUCUGGCAUCCCUUUGACCUCAUGCCUAAAGAAGCUCCUUGGGGUUUUCACGAGUAAGAAAUAUGGCAUUUAUAUUGUUAAUCAUGGAUCAUGGAUGGUUGUAAUAGAUGCAGAAUUUCUAUGUAAGAUACUGAAAUUAAAUGAUGUACAUUUUAUAUUCAGUAUAUUUGAAAAUCAAUCAUAGAAUGCUUGCAUGUUACGAGGAAAUAUGAAGGCCAUAAGCAGUGCUAUGGUUUCCUGGUAUUGUAAAGACACAUAUAAUAAAGAACAUUCUGUUUGAUCUUGAAAUUUAGAAUAAAUAUUAAAUCUUGCUGAUCUCGAUAUCAGUUUCUGAUCAAGUUAUGGAAAAAUCGUUGUCUAUGUUGAUAUAUCAGGAUCUAUUGGAUCGUUUUUUAAUUAUAGUUUAUUUUCGAGAUGGAUGGAGCUCAUUCUGAAUAUAUGCACAUAUAUGCCAAAUAUGACUUAACUGUUUAUUUAUACAACUCAAUAAAUACAUUAUAAGCUUUUAAAA